ACCCACCAAAACGACACCAAUUUUCUCUCUCUCUUCCUCCAAUCAUGGCGUUUAAGAAAACCCUAGCACAACGCCUCCUCAACAUCACCAAAAUCUCCACCAACUACCGCAUUUCCGCUUCCUCCUCGCUCCGUUCUCCGAUUCCGACGAAGCCCGACAUUGCGCCGGAUCCCGGAGACGGCGGAAUCUUCCGCCGGUUCCUCCACAAGAGGGCGGUGUUUCGGCCGGAGCUCCGGCCGCCGGCUACCGAUGACCUCCUCCAGAGGCUCCGCGAGAUGGACAUUGCUCGGAGCCGAAUCCGAUUGGACGGUCUCGCUCCGCCGGAGAGCGGAGGCGUGGCGGUGGAAGACGUGAGGAAGGUGCUGCGAGCGGCGCAAAUCGAAGCGGUGAAAUCGAAGCUGCGGAGGAUUCCGCAGAGUUGCAUAACGUAUUCGGAGUUGGUUCGUCUGUGCAGUGAGAACUGUUCCGAUGAGGAUCAAGCGAUGAACGUUGCGAAGAUGCUCGACGAUUCAGCGUCUGUGAUUAUAAUAGGAGACGUCGUGUUCCUCAGACCUGAACAGGUAGCAAAAACCAUCCAGGCUCUGUUCCCUAUUCCAGGAUCGAAGGUGCACGAGUCAGUAAGAAAGGAACUGGAAGAAAUGGAGAAAAAGAAAACAACAAUCGACAACAAAGCCAGCAAGUUGGUUCGACGAGAGCUCUGGGCCGGGUUAGGCUUCCUAAUGGUGCAAACCGUAGCGUUCAUGAGGCUCACAUUUUGGGAGCUAUCGUGGGACGUUAUGGAACCCAUUUGCUUCUACGUGACCUCGAUGUACUUCAUGGCUGGCUACACCUUCUUCCUCAGAACCUCCAAAGAGCCUUGCUUUGAAGGCUUCUACCAAAGCCGUUUCAGCACCCACCAGAAGCGUCUUAUGAAGCUUCACAAUUUUGACAUCGCAAGGUACAAUGAACUCAGGGCCUCUGCACCACCCUUGCCACCUUCGCCCGAAUUCGAUUCAUCCAAUAUGGGUCACAUAUUGGACCAAUUUCACACUAAAUUGUAGUGUUGAUCGUACAUCAAUCACUAAUAUUCUCAUUCCGUAGAAUAGUGACUAGAUUAUAAUAUCACAAAUAUCACCCCUUCUUCCCAUUGCCCACAUCAUAUUUUAGGGAACCAUCCACCAUACUCCAUGCACCUUUUUUCUGAUAACACUCAAAAACCAUAGAUAAAAAAAAAAAUAUAGUUUAUGAUUGCGGUGAGUUAGAAUUAGGCGCGGCUUGGUGUACAAUAUAUGCAGAGUGGUAAUUUCAAUUUUGUUUCUCCUUUUCCUUUUAA